UUCUUUACCAGGAAUAGCAAACAAACAGGCUUCGUAAUUGCUACUGACGGAUUGCGUCGGUGUAUUGUCGAACAAACAUGUCGCAUGUGUGCAACUAACUGGAGGUGUAAAGCCACGGAGGCAUGGCUGGAUGUGCCGGACAAGAAGUAGAACGGCAUCGGGACUCCUGAGAUGAAAGAUUAACGUUCCCUUUCUGGCGGUGGAGACGUGUAGAUGGCGUUGAAGAUGCCCAAGAAGACAUCCCACUACAUGGAGCUGGGCAGCGACCAGCACUGGCCGGUCCUCAGUCCACAGAGGAUCCGACUCUACACUUACCAACAAGUCCCCCUCUUCCUUCGAGAGAACCCCUUCAUCACAGACGGCUACAGAGCACACCUGCCUUCCAAACUCUGCUUAAAGAGUAUUUGUGUCAUGUCUAAUGAGACGGUGAAUAUUUGGAGCCACCUGUUGGGGUUCAUUCUCUUCUUCUCCCUUGGGGUCAACGACUUCAAAUCAGUGUUGCCGGCCUCGGGAGCUAACCAAGAGGACUAUGUCAUCUACACUAUAGGACUGUUUUGCUUCCAGGUGUGCAUGUUGUGUUCGGUGGGUUAUCAUCUGUUCUCAUGCCAUCGAUCGGAAAAGACCAGCCGUCGCUGGUUGGCCUUGGACUACGCAGGAAUUUGUGUUGGCAUCUUGGGAUGUUAUGUGCCUGGACUCUUUUACGCCUUCUACUGCAACCUUUUUUGGCGGCAGGUCUACCUCAUGACGGUGCUGUCCCUGCUCCUGGUCGUCUUCUGCACCCAGGUUCACCCACAUUAUCUCAGCAGGGACUGGCGCUGGAUCAGGGUCACCAUCUUCUCCUGCAUGGUUGGCAUCAGUGUGGUUCCGGCGGCCCACUGGGUGUGGCUCAAUGGGGGGUUUACCUCCUAUAUUGUUCAGCGCUUCUUUCCUCGGAUGAUCAUCAUGUACCUGAUUGCUGGAUCUGCCUUCGUAUUCUACCUUACCAAGAUCCCUGAGCGGUACUUCCCUGGCCAGGUGAACUACAUCGGUGCCAGUCACCAGGUGUGGCACGUCCUGGUGGUGGUCAUGUUCUACUGGUGGCAUCAGACUGCAGUCGCCAUCAUGCAGUUCAGGCACAGUCAGACCUGCUCCACACCCCCGAGGUGAUCAAUCACUGGCUGUCUACUAAACCUGUUGACCAACAUGGCACCAAUAUGGUACCAACAUGGUACCAACAUGGUAUCCCCGCAUGAAGGCUUUCAUGAUGUACAGAAACAUCUGCUUUAUUUUGAUGCUCAUCAUCUUAUGGCUGAUUCAGGACAGACUAUUGAAAGAAAUAUCCAUGGAGUCGUCUUUUUGAACAAUGCUGCCUCCAGUGUUCACAAGCAUGAAGUGCAUGUGUGUGUGCAACGUGUGUGUUUGUGCAACAUACUUGAAAUGUUUAAAGACAAAGCUUGACAAUGUGAUAAUGGGAGUCAACAAAGUAUUAAUUAUAUUGCUGUUAAAGAAGCUGCCUUCAACGACCAUUAUGCAUGCUGCAAUGAUGUUAUUAAAAGACAAAUAUAGACAUUUCUAUAUCGAAUGAUGUUAUUAAAGGCCUACUUAAAUUAGAUUUUCUUAUUUAAACGGGGAUAGCAGGUCCAAAUCUUCGUGUCAUACUUACUCAUUUCGCAAUAUUGCCAUAUUUUUGCUGAAAGGAUUUAGAAGAGAACAUCGAGGAUAAAGUUUGCAACUUUUGGUCGCUAGUAAAAAAGCCUUGCCUGUACCGGAAGUAGCAGACGAUGUGCGCGUGACGUCACGGGUUGUGGAGCUCCUCACAUCUGAAUGUUGUUUACAAUCAUGGCCACCAGCAGGGAGAGCGAUUCGGACCGAGAAAGCGACGAUUUUCCCAUUAAUUUGAGCGAGGAUGAAAGAUUUGUGGAUGAGGAAAGUGAGAGUGAAGGACUAGAAAAAAAAAAGACUAUACAGUAGAAGCGAUUCAGAUGUUAUUAGACAAAUUUACUAGGAUCAUUCUGGAAAAUCCCUUAUCUGCUUAUUUUGUUACUAGUGUUUUAGUGAGAUUAUAUGGUCGUACCUGUACAGCCUGACGGUCGGCCCCGCACCUUUCUUCAGCACCAGUCUACGGGUGGUGGCGAUGCUGUUACGCUAAAUUUCUUCUCCUUACAAAAACUUUCCCCCCCAUUUACUUCCGGGGUCAUGAUUAAUACAGACGUUUUGUUAACGCUACAUUAUAAAAAUACAGACGUUUUGUUAACGCCUUAUUAUAAAAAAAUUUAAAAAACAAUUUACAAACACAAGCUAUGGGAUGACAUAAGAGGAAAUGUGACCCCGGAAGUAAAUGCGUCAUCCCAUAGCUUGUGUUUGUAAAUUGUUUUUUAAUUUUUUUUAUAAUAUAGCAUUAACAAAACGUCUGUAUUUUUAUAAUAUAGCGUUAUAUUUUUAUAAUAUAGCGUUAAGAAAACGUCUGUAUUAAUCAUGACCCCGGAAGUAAAUGGGGGGGAAGGUUUUUGUAGGGGGGAAGAAAUUUCGCGUGACAAUGCCCAUCUCUGCCCUUCGCAAGAGACCCUCUCCGAAACACGAUAUUUCGAAAUGAUCGCUGCAUAACACACUGUACUUUGUGUGUGUGCUCCAAUCCAACCGUGUUCGCUUGACCGCUCUGUUCCAUAGUAAAGCUUCACCGUCAUCUUUCGGGAAUGUAAACAAUGAAACACCGGCUGUGUUUGUGUUGCUAAAGGCGGCCGCAAUACACCGCUUCCCGCCUACAGCUUUCUUCUUUGACGUCUCCAUUAUUCAUCGAACAAAUUGGAAAAGAUUCACAGAUGUCCAUAAUACUGGGGAAUUAUGCGAUGAAAAGAGACGAUUUAUAGCUGUGAACGGUGCUGGGACAAAAUGUCCUCUACAAUGGGUCAUCAUCGACGAUUUUCUUAUUCAAACGGGGAUAGCAGGUCCAUUUUAUGUGUCAUACUUGAUCAUUUCGCGAUAUUGCCAUAUUUUUGCUGAAAGGAUUUAGAAGAGAACAUCGAGGAUAAAGUUUGCAACUUUUGGUCGCUAAUAAAAAAGCCUUGCCUGUACCGAAAGUAGCAGACGAUGUGCGCGUGACGUCACGGGUUGUGGAGCUCCUCACAUCUGAACAUUGUUUACAAUCAUGGCCACCAGCAGCGAGAGCGAUUCGGACCGAGAAAGCGAUGAUUUCCCCAUUAAUUUGAGCGAGGAUGAUAGAUUUGUGGAUGAGGGAAGUGAGAGUGAAGGACUAGAAAAAAAAAAAAGACUAUACAGUGGGAGCGAUUCAGAUGUUAUUAGACAAAUUUACUAGGAUAAUUCUGGAAAAUCACUUAUCUGCUUAUUUUGUUACUCGUGUUUUAGUGAGAUUAUAUGGUCGUACCUGUACAGCCUGAAGGUCGGCCCCGCGCCUUUCUUCAGCACCAGUCUAUGGGUGGUGGCGAUGCUGUCACGCCAAAUUUCUUCUCCCGUGUUGUUAACGCUAUAUUAUAAAAAUAUAACGCUAUAUUAUAAAAAUACAGAAGUUUUGUUAACGCUAUAUUAUAAAAAAUGUUUAAAAAACAAUUUACAAACAAGCUAUGGGAUGACAUAAGAGGAAACGUAAAUGCGUCAUCCCAUAGCUUGUGUUUGUAAAUUGUUUUUAAAACAUUUUUAUAAUAUAGCGUUAACAAAACGUCUGUAUUUUUAUAAUAUAGCGUUAUAUAUUUAUAAUAUAGUGUUAACAAGACGUCUGUAUUAAUCAUGACCCCGGAAGUAAAUGGGAGGGGAAGGUUUUUGUAGGGGGGAAGAAAUUUGGCGUGACAAUGCCCAUCCCUGCCCUUCGCAAGAGACCCUCUCCAAAACACGAUCUUUCGAAAUGAUCGCUGCAUAAUACACUGUACUUUGUGUGUGUGCUCCAAUCCAACCGUGUUCCUUUGACCGCUCUGUUCCAUAGUAAAGCUUCACCGUCAUCUUUCGGGAAUGUAAACAAUGAAACACCGGCUGUGUUUGUGUUGCUAAAGGCGGCCGCAAUACACCGCUUCCCACCUACAGCGUUCUUCUUUGACGUCUCCAUUAUUCAUCGAACAAAUUGCAAAAGAUUCACAAAUGUCCAUAACACUGGGGAAUUAUGCGAUGAAUAGAGACGACUUAUAGCUGUGAACGGUGCUGGAACAAAACAAUGCGUCAUCAUACCACGACGUUUUAGCAUGAUACUUCCACGCGAAAUUUAAAAUUGCAAUUUAGUAAACUAAACCGGCCGUAUUGGCAUGUGUUGCAAUGUUAAUAUUUCAUCAUUGAUAUAUAAACUAUCAGACUGCGUGGUCGCUAGUAGUGGGUUUCAGUAGGCCUUUAAGAGACAAAUAUAGACAUUUCUAUAUUGAAUGUGUUCUCCCAGAUCAGCACUCUUGCUGACAUGUGCUCGCUGUUCUGUUUUUGAAUACAUGUCAUUUGGAGCCUGCUUCUAAGUGCACCUUUAUUGCUGAACUGUAUUACAAAAAGGAUUACCAAUCCAUUCCCCAGUCAGAUAUUCUACUCUAUAUCUAAUGAAGGUUCUGGACAGGACUGACAACCUGUUUGCAUCACCUGCAAUAUUUUACUAUAGAAUACAAUUUUAUAAAAUAUAAGUUUCAAUCAACACUACUAACAACCUGUAAUGCUUUACAGAUAUCUAUUUUUCUAUUAUUAAACCAAUUGUUUGCAUGUGUUGGUGCUCCUCCUGCAGGCCAGCUGUGUGUGACAUUGUCAGUGUUUGUUUGCUCCUUUUCUGACACUAAAAGAUUAUACCACUCUUUAUUUUUGCACCACCAGGCCAAUAUAAUUGUGUGGUUGAAGAAACAAGAUUCUAUUGGACUAGAAUACCAGAGUGUUGAUGUUGCCUUUUUAAAGUGUUAUUAGUUUGCACCCUGAAUCAUCUUUGGUGCUCUUCUCAAAUAUAUUAAUGUACAUGAAUAAAAAAUGUUUAUGGUGGGA